AUGGAAAGAGCAUGUCCGGGAUGGAAGUUCAUCUCAAAUCACAUGUCUGAUGCUGAUGGAAGAAUUAUUGUAAUCUGGAAAGACCCUGCUACUGUUAGAGUGAUGCAUCAGUCGAGGCAAACCCUUACCUGUGAAGUAACAGUUGGAAACAAGUUUCAGUUUGUGUUCACAUCGGUUUAUGCUUCAAAUGUAAGGAAAGAGAGAACAGACCUUUGGGUUGAACUUAUGCAGAUUCAGAGUUAUUUUUCCCUUCACACUUGUCCUUGGUUGGUUGGUGGUGACUUCAACCAAAUUACUCAUUUUGAAGAGCACUCAUCACCAGAUGUGAACUACCUUACGCCUCCAAUGACGGAACUGCGUGAUUGCCUCUCCCAGCUGGAGCUCUUUGAUCUAAGGUUUCAAGGUCCAUUCUAUACUUGGACAAACAACCAGCCUGCUUCUCUAGUUGCCAAAAAGCUUGGUCGUGUGCUGCAAGAGCGAGACCUCCACACCAAGUGGAACUUCCUGAGGGCAAUAGAAGAAAGUUACUUCAGACAAAAAUCAAGGGUAAACUGGUUAAAGGAGGGGGAUUUAAACACAUCUUACUUCCAUAAGAUGUGUCAGUCCAGAGCUAACUACAAUACUAUCCGAUCCUUUAUGCUGGACACUGGUGAGCUUUUACUAGAUCCUGAGCAAAUGAGCAUCCAUGCAAUAAGUCACUUCCAAGCUAUCCUUGGGCCAGAAAAUCUGCCACAAUGUUCCAUCCGGUCUUCACUAGCUUGGUUUCAGAACUUAAAUCCCUUUAGGAUCUCAAGCCAUCACUCGCAACUUAUGCUUAUGGUGCCAACUCCCCCAGAUAUCACCAAGGUGAUGCAUAAGUUGAACCCGAACAAGGCUCCAGGACCCGAUGGUUACACGUUAGGCUUCUACAAGGCAGUGUGGAGUACUCUAGGACCAGAGGUCAUUUCUUCGAUCACUCAGUUUUUCCACUCGUCCUUCCUCCCCUCAUCUACAAAUGCUACUAUAUUGGCCUUGAUUCCAAAGAAGCCAGGUGCGUCAUCGAUAAAGGACUACCGGCCUAUCUCUUGUCUGAACACACUCUACAAAGUGGUAUCUAAGCUUCUGGUUGCAAAGAUAAAGCCCAUCCUACCAUCAUUAAUUCUUCCAAAUCAAACAGCCUUCUUAACUGAUCGCCUUCUUCUGGAGAAUACGGUCCUCGCUGCUGAAAUAGUAAAUGGUUACCAUAAAAGUCAAGGACCAAAGAGAAUAGUUAUUAAAGUUGAUAUUGCCAAGGCUUUUGACACACUUUCAUGGGAUUUUCUCUUCACCUGCUUAAAAGCUUUAGAGAUUCCGAAUCAAUAUCUCCGUUGGCUCCAAGCUUGUAUCUGCACACCAAACUUCACAAUUGGUUACAAUGGAACAGUUCAAGGAUAUUUUAAGGGAAGAAGAGGUUUAAGGCAGGGAGACCCUCUCUCGCCUUACCUGUUUGUCAUUGCGAUGAAUAACCUCUCCCUUAUGUUGAAUAAAGCUGCGGAGGAAGGGAAGUUUCUCUAUCAUCAUAACUGUGACACCGCCAAGCUCACCCAUCUUUGUUUUGCUGAUGAUCUUCUCAUAUUUGUUGAUGGUUCUGUCUCAUCGGUCCAAAAUGUCCUGGAGGUUCUUAAAGAAUUUGAAGAGCGACCAGGACUUGCAAUCAGUCUACAAAAGUCCUCUUUCUAUAGUGGUGGAUUAACAGAAGAAGAAAUAGACUCAAUCACCGUAGCCACCGGCCUUCCUCAUGGCACUCUUCCAGUUCGUUACCUUGGAGUUCCCCUCUGCACGAAGAAGCUAACACUUCAGAACUGUGAACCAUUACUACAACAAGUAAAAGGCAAAAUAAACAAUUGGUGUUCAAAAUCCUUAUCUUUUGCAGGUCGCCUUGUGCUCAUUAACACAGUCAUAGCAGGGAUCUCAAACUUUUGGUGCUCAACCUUCUUGCUUCCAAAAGCUUGCAUUCGGAAAAUUAACACUAUGUGUAGUAGUUUCUUGUGGAAAGGUCAUUGUGAAGGUCGUCAUAAUGCAAGGGUUUCGUGGGACAAUAUAACAAAGCCAAAGGAUCAAGGAGGUUUGGGGAUAAGAGAUUUAGCUACCUGGAAUACGGCUUGUGUACUAAAACUUAUUUGGCUACUCUUCUUUCGGUCAGGCUUAGUAUGGGUGGCUUGGUAUAGAUUACACUUCUUGAGAGGAUCACUGAGCAGCUUCUGGACAAUGAAAAAGCGACCAAAUUUCUCUUGGUUAGCAAACAAGCUACUCAAAGUUAAAGAUAUGGCCUACAAUUGGAUAAAGCUACGAGUUGGCAAUGGGAUUACCUGUAGGUUUUGGUCGGAUAACUGGUCGCCUUUUGGAAACCUAUCAACUUUCCUCUCUACUACCCGGCUGGGCAUUUGUGCAACUGCUACACUGGCUCAGGUCUAUAACCACGACAAUUGGCGUCUCCCAAACCCUCGAUCUGACAAUCAGGUAUCUCUUCACGCUCACUUAACUACCUUGCAUCUAUCUGAAGAAGAAGACCACUAUGAAUGGGAAAUGCAAGGCAAGAUUUACCAGAAGUACUCAACGAGACGGGUCUAUGAUUGCAUCGUCAACCAAUCUGCUUUAGUGCCUUGGCGACGAGCUGUCUGGAACAAAGGAGGGAUACCUAGGCAUAGCUUCUUAACUUGGUUGUUCACCUUAAACCGUUGCCGGACUAGGGCUCGGUUGCUUGGCUGGGGAUUUCAAACAGACCCCCGCUGUCUUCUCUGCAACUCCUGUGAUGAAAGCUGGAACCACUUAUUCUUCAACUGUCACUACUCUUGGUCAGUCUGGUCCCAAAUUGCCGCAAGAUGUACACUUCAACCAUGCAGGAACUGGGAUGCAAAUCUGGAACAAAUGAGCUCACUGCGAGGACCCAAGGAACACCAACGAUUAUGCUUACUGGCUUGGCAAUGCUCCUUAUAUACCCUCUGGAAUGAAAGAAACACUCGUCUUCAUCGCCAAAAUUUCAGAUCGGUUGAAUCUACUCUCAAGCUUAUCGACUCUACUAUCCGAAACCGGAUUGAUUCCUUCCGAGCCACAAAUCCGUCUGUCUCUUCACUCAUGCUUCAACUAUGGUUCUCAACUCUCUCAUCGUCUUCCACUGCAUCAGUGACGAUUACUAUUCCAUCACCUAGACUGCUCAACCCUAGCUCCCUAGGUUCACUCUAA